AUGAAAAGAAAUCUUCUCGAAAGAUUAUCAAAGAAUUUCGGGGAAUAUCUAGAAGGAGGAUGUGGAUAUGAUGUAAAAAUACACGUUGGGAAAUAUUAUGAUCAGAAAACAUUCGAAGCGCAUUCAAUGAUGCUCGCCGCAAGAUCACUUUAUUUUCGAAGGAAAAUUGAUGACAUACCUAUGAAUUCAAGAAAAAGUGUUAUUGAAUUACGCGAAUUGGAAAUUCCACCAAAUAUUUUUAAACCAUUGUUGAGAUAUAUUUAUACUGGAAUAGUACCGCUACAUAAUCUUGAAGCGGAAGACUUUCUAGAUAUUCUUUGUAUCACGAACGAACCAUUACUAAGCGAUGAUCCGAGAUCAGUGGUUGAUUUUAUUCUCGCCGCUGACAAAUUAGAACUCAAUGAAUUGGUAAACUAUCUUCAAAAUGUCCUCAUAGAAGAUAGAACUGAAUGGUUAUACAAGAACAUGGAUAAGAUUUACGCGCGAAUUUCCAACCACCCUUCAUUAAAAACUUUCAAAAAUUUCUACAAGGACAUCAUUAGAAACAAUAUUGAGUUGAUGUUUCAGUCGGAUAAUUUUAUAAACAUACCAUUAAGCGAUGUAAUUCUAAUGGUAUCCAGGGAUGAUCUUUUGGUGGAUGAAGUUAAGAUCUGGAAUCAGGUGGUCAAAUGGUGUGUCUCUCAAUUCCCGGAUCUCUCAAGAAAUCCCGAACAUUGGACAUCUAAAGAGUGCAACAAUGUGAGGUCAAUGAUGGAAAAUUUCAUUGGUUUAAUUAGAUGGAAAUAUAUUUCCGGAGAUGGAUUCACCAGUCAUGUUAUGCCAUAUGCAAAAAUUUUUCCAGUGAAGCUAUAUCAGGACCUUGUGAUAUAUUAUGUGAAUAAAAAUGAGAGACCGAGAUUUCUUGAUUUACCAAGGCGUGUAGGGAAAAUUGAGUCGAAUUUGAUACCCUUCAAGUAUGCAAGUCUUAUUUCGCAAUGGGUCGAAGAUCAAAACGAGAAAUCCACUUGGCAAUGGUUCGCAUCAAAAAAAGAAGUAAACACUGAAAAAAAGACAAUCCAAUAUCGUUAUAAUCUUCUUAUCCGAGGUAGCCAAAAUGGCUUCAGCAAAUCUGAUUUUCUCAAAGCAUAUCUAUAUAAAGGACCAACCAUUACACUCGUCCGACUCGAAGGGACAGAUUUAAUAAUCGGAGGUUACAAUCCAACUCCAUGGACACCUUCCGAAAAACCCGAUCCUCGAACACGAAAGAGUUUUAUUUUUGCAUUUGAUAAUGUCCACGGCAACCCGGUGGAAGUUGGAAGGAUCAGUAAGAUAGAAAAUUCUGGGACCUAUCCUAUAAUAUCUAUAACCGAUAAAGGUUUAAAAUUCGGUGAAGAUUUGUCUUUGACAUUUGCCGACAUCCAAAAUGAAAUAAGUUCCACCCUGAAUUAUCACAGUAUUGAAUACACUCUACUUGAAAAUGUUCAAAAGGAGUUGGAAAAUCCUAUUCAAGUAAAGGAUUACGAG